AUGGCAAGCCAUCGCAGCUGUCCCAUGAAUGGGCAUCUGGCAGUGAACGCCAAGCAACAGACCAUCGCUGAGGAGGACCCGAUGGCGCACUUUAUCCGUCCCGAUCAACCAUCGAGGUGUACCUGGUCUCUGGGAACGACGGAAACUAGCCCGCAUCAUCAUGAACCACUCGCUCCGAAACCGUCUGUGCUGCCUUCGAUUCUGGAAGCAGUUGGAGGAACGCCGAUGGUGAAGCUCAACAAAAUUCCCCAGUCGCUGGGUUUGAAAUGCAAUGUUUACGUCAAAUGUGAGUUCCUCAAUCCGGGUGGCUCGGUGAAGGAUCGCAUUGGAGUACGGAUGGUGUUGGAGGCAGAGCGUAAGGGUUUGCUGAAGCCUGGCUGUACCAUCAUUGAGCCGACGUCCGGCAACACUGGGAUCGGUUUGGCGAUGGCUGCAGCCGCCCGCGGGUACCGCUGUUUGAUCGUCAUGCCGGAGAAGAUGUCCAACGAAAAGGUGGACACGUUGAAGGCGCUCGGUGCGGAGGUGAUACGCACACCGACCGAGGCAGCGUUCGACUCGCCGGAAGGUCUUAUCGCUGUGUCGCAGCGUCUGCAACGUUCCAUCCCGGACUCGGUUAUACUUGACCAGUACCGCAAUGCCGGCAAUCCGCUGGCACAUUAUGACGGUACGGGUGCAGAGAUUGUGGAGCAGCUGGCAGGGCGCGUGGACAUGGUUGUCAUCGGUACGGGCACCGGUGGUACCAUGACCGGCAUCGGCCGUAAGAUAAAGGAGUCUUGUCCAAACUGUCAGGUAAUUGCGGCCGAUCCGGAGGGUUCCAUAUUGGCCGAACCGGAAGAACUUAACCAGACGAAUGUGAGCUUCUACGAGGUGGAGGGUGUCGGGUACGAUUUCCUGCCGACCGUACUCGAUCGCACUGUCGUCGACCGGUGGUACAAGUUUAACGACCGUGUAGCACUUCCACUCGCGAGACGCCUAAUCCGGGACGAGGGUUUGCUGUGUGGUGGUAGCAGCGGUGGCAACCUGCACGUGGCAUUCGAGGCGGCCAAGGAGCUGAAGGAGGGCCAGAACUGUGUGGUGAUCCUGCCGGACAAUAUUCGCAACUAUCUGACCAAGUUCGUAUCAGACAACUGGAUGGAGGCGCGUUACUUCAAGGAGUCGGACAACUGCCAUAAUCAGAAGUGGUGGAAUGAUAAAGUACAAACGUUGCCGAUGGAGACGCUCCUAACGGUGCGUGAUGAUGCGCCUAUCAGUGACGCAAUUGCAACGAUGAAGCAGAACAAUCGUACCCAUCUGCCUGUUGUUGACGCCACCGGCGCCAUCAAGGGUGUGGUGCAUCUGCCAAACCUUUUGAGCAAACUGCUCAAUCGCUUGGUCAAACCGUCCGAUCUUGUCCGUCGGGCCAUCUUCAAACAGUACGUUAAGAUCGACCACGAAGAGAACGUAGGCCGUGCCUCGCGGAUUUUGGAAAAGGAUAGCUUUUUGCUAGUGACGCGCCAAGAGGCGGGUGCUGAACCUACAGAACGUCUCGUAGGGGUCCUAACACAGCGUGCACUAUUUGAUUUUGUUGCCGAACAGGCUGCAACUGUCGCUAAUGGAAAUGGAAAUGCAAAGUAG